CUGCUGAGCAGGCUGCACUUGUGACAAGAACCAGAGUGCACCACAUAUCCCCCCCUCCCUCCUCUUUCUCCCUUCUCUAAAAAUGGCAGCAUCAUGGACAGGCUUACUCGGGUUGACAACAAAUGGACUUCUUUAAGUGCUGGGAUUUGUUGGGAUUAGUUUUUCAAGUGUUUGUCGUCACAAUAUGAACGCCGGUUCAUGACUGACUCUCAAGGCCUUUUGGUGCUGCCCUUGGCAACAUGAAGAAAAGCAGCGGAACCGGAGUAUCUACUCUGUAGGGGGACGGGGAAGAUUUUUAGGUGCUGAGAAGCCGAGGAAUCACCAAGAUGCUACACCUGGAGCUGCUACUGAGGACUUCAGCCUCUCCUCUAGCCAGGAAACCAACAUCACACCCUCGCCGUCAGCAGCAUGGACUAUUGCACACCUCAGCCGUCGCGCCGUCACAAUCCCGUGGACAGCAUCUGCCGCAAACUGCAGACAAUUCAGUGGCGCGGUGACCGAGAGCCCAAUUCACCCUUCCAGAUUCCCAAACUGUCCUCCAACAGUUACGACAGCCCUCAGUGUGGCCUCAGGCACAACUUGGAAGCCAUCCUGAAGAAAGGGACCCUCCAUAGAGACGACAGGGAGAAGGAGAAAGCGAGAGAGAUGGGGAUGCCGAGCUCUGCAGCUUCCCAGCAUUCCUCUGUCCUUCUGACCACACCUUCCACUCCUACAUGCAACCGCUCCACACCAGCUAAUGUCACAUACACUAUCACUAGUACUUUGGGGGAGCGGCGAUGUGCUGAUGGAAGUGAUUUAAGACAAGUUAAAACGUGGCAGAGGUAUUGUUCGACCCCCACGGGCCAGUCCAAGGACUCCCCUUACUUUACAUUCACACGAGGACCUCAGUCAGCACAGCCUGAUAGCGAGAGGCCGAGCAGGAGCCCACCUUUGUCUCGUAACUUCACCCAAAGUCGCAGCACCCUCUCCUACAACCUCAACUUCAGUUCUGCAGACAAUACAAACCCUGCUGAGUGUGAGCUACCCUACCCAGCUCUGGUUGUGAAAAGACUGUCUAUGGGAGAUGGAGGGCCUUCAGUUGCCUCCGAAAAAGGGAAGGAGAAUAUGGCUGAAAUCAGUCUCAUCUGUGAAGAGAAUCUACUCGACACCAUCUUCCAUGCUUGUGAUACCCAGCGCAGAGGGAAAGUGUAUGUGUCCCAUAUUGUGGACUAUCUGCGUCACACCACCAGUCGCAGCUCUGAAGACAGCGGAUUGGAGGAACUUUGCAACAUGCUGGACCCAGAACACAAAGAUGUGUCAAUUGAUCUGGACACAUACCAUGCUGUCAUGAGGGAGUGGAUCGAUGACUGCCGCAACAAUGGGGAACAGCCGACAGAAGAUGACAUCACCCAGGAAUCAGUAAAACUCAGAGACAGCCUGUGUGCCAGGAGGUCGAUGCUGUUUAAUAUGACCUCAGGAAGUUUGGAGGCAUUUGGAGGGGAGGCAUCCAGAGUCGAAUUUGAAACAUCAGAGCUGGUGUACUGUGUUGCUGACCUCCAGAUGAGCAACCAAAAGCUGCAGGAGGAGGUAAAAAAGCUCAAGCAGGUGGUGGAGAGCAUGGAGGAGAGUAACCAGAAGCUUGCGGAGGAAAACGAGGAGCUACACAAUCAAGCAAAAAUUAACCAGCAGCUGGCACAAAAGGAGAAGAUGUUGAAGGAGGAGGUGGAAGAGAUGAAGGCCACUCUGAGCUGUACGGAGGAAGGCAGAGCCCGUGCCUCCGCACACAGCAAACAUGUGGAGAGAGAAAACCAGAGUCUCAUCGCUAAGAUUGCUUCUCUUCAGGAAGAGAACUUUAAGGUCACUAUGGAGACAGAUGAGCUUCAGAGGAGAAUAACGGAGCUGUGUGACAUUAACGCUGACCUUCAGAUGCAGAUUCACUCUUUUGACGCAGUCAUUAGUGAAAAGGAUGCAGUGAUAGUAGAGAAAAGCAGACAGAUAGAUGAGCUGAAGGCAGCAGUGGAGGAAUACUCUUCCAUUACAGAGCUGCUGAGGGUGGACAAGAACAAGUUGGAGAGGCAGAUGCAGAUGAUUCUCCCAGACUUGGCUGGGGCUAGUCUUUCUUUGUCAGUGGCUUAUCGGAUGAACCAGAGCAGCUCGGGAUCCUUACAAACAGAACUGGCUCUGGCACAGUCACCACUGGAGGCUCCCCAUGGAGUUGACUAUUUGUCCACUACAAGCUUUGCCUCCCCACUGGAUGAGACUCUGGACAGGGAGGUGCUGCUGAUGCUACAGGGACCCAGCCCUGAACACAUGGCACUGGAGUUCAAAAACCUCAUAAAUAAACUGAAAAGGGACUUCAGAAAAGAAACUGACUCUGUCUUAACUUCAGUUAGAGUUUUAUUAGAUGACCACACACAGACAGAGGGCGACACCAGUCUUCAGACAGUGCAGGCCGAGCUGGACGCACGUAGGGCAGACUGGGUCCUCAGCCUGGACCAGCUGGCCCAGUACACUGACUCAUUGGAGAAAGAGCUGAUCAAAAUGGCUGGAAACAUGAGGAGGUCCCGCACUGAGAUCCUCCACCUUUCUGUCAGGGUGCAGGAGCAGGAGAACCAGAAGCGGCAGCUGUGUGAAGAGCUCGAGCAGCUAAAGACCCCUCAGGAUAGCAGAGAGGCCUCAUGCCAGACACCUGCACUAGAAGAGGAGGUUGGAGAUGACUUGGACUGGGACGAGGAAUUUGCUAUUCAAGAUUUCCUUAAGAAUGAGCUAGCAGAGAGAAAUUGCCAAGUACAUGACGGGCAAAGAGAAGAUAGGCUCGAGGAAACGGGAGAUAAAAUAACAGACAGAGGUGAAGAGGAGGACGCAGAGGAGAGGUGGACAGUGGUGGAUAGCGGCGGGGAGGGAGACGUGAGGGACACAUCAACUCCGCUGUCUGUUGUCACAGUGGAGGCCCAAUCUGGGCAGGGCACAGUGGGAGAAGGUCGAGAUUCUGCAGCCUGUAGUGAGUCAGAGCCAGAGGUGACCUGUCAACCUUUGCAGGAAGACUCAGUGGUACCACUGAGCUCCCACUCACAAGCUGUCAGCGUUACACAGCCAGAGGCGGAUGCUCUCCCUGAUCUGCCCCACUCAGAAAACAACAGUGCAGAGGCUUGUGAAAAUGGACAGUCUGACUCCUGUGGUCCAGCUGAAACUUUGAGAAACCCACCUGAUCAGAACCAAACUAUAACUCCUGUUAGCACCCCUCCCACAGCAGCUGAUAUGGUUUCUCCCAACAGCACCUCACUUGGAUCAGACGAGACCAUUACCCAGACUGAGAGCCAGCCAACCAGUGUGGACGACGAAGGACAAGAGAAGGGAGGCAAGGUGGACUCAACUGCCGGAGACAUGAGCUAUAUUAAGAGCCUAAGCCAGGACCAGUCGGCCAGCAGAUCACCAGCUGAGGACAGCACAAGCCUGCUACCUGUGCUGGUGGAAGAAGAGGAGACUGUGCAGGACAGUGCAGCUGGGGUUCCAAAAGCAGAGCCCAGUACGGCAGGGACAGGCCGCCUUAUCAGCAGCAAGCCAACCACCCUCUCUGACAGCAGUUCUCCUCAGUCGGCAUCAUCUGUCACACACACCAGCCAAUCAGGGAGUGGCAUGGCCAGUACGGUCUGUGACCCAAGCCAUUCGGAGGAGCUGACUCGCACCGUGGAGGCCGUUAAGGAGCACAAGGUUCAGGAGGACCAAAAUGUAGCCAGCAUGGCCACGGACACGGAAACUGAGAUGUUAGUCAUCCCUGACACUUUCAAAGAUAAGAACAACCUGUCACCUAGUGAUAAGGAGAUUGAGGCAGAGUUCCAGCGUCUGGCACUGGGGUUUAAGUGUGACAUGUUCACUUUGGAGAAGAGGCUCAGGCUAGAGGAGAGGUCACGUGACCUAGCUGAGGAGAAUGUCCGCAAAGAAGUGUCCAGCUGUCAGGGCUUACUGCAGGCUCUUAUUCCUCUUUGUGACGAUGACAACCAAUCAAUGGAGAUCAUCCAGAGGCUCCAGAAAAACCUGGAUAUUCUUAUCCAGUCCAUGACUAGGGUGUCCAGUCGCUCUGAGAUGCUAGGAGCGAUUCAUCAGGAGAGUCGUAUUGGAAAGGCUGUGGAGGUAAUGAUUCAGCACGUGGAGAACCUCAGGAGAUUGUACACCAAAGAGCAUGCUGAGCUGCUGGAACUGCGGGAGACGCUCAUGCAGAAUGAGAGGUCGUUUGGAUCACAAACAGAAAAAGAUGACUUCCGUGAAAGAAAGAAACAGCCAUCACAGUACUACAAGCCAUCAGCCCGGCGGAGCAGCAUGAUAACAAUUUCUCGUGCUGGCCCAGGCAACAUGCAUUUUGACACAUCCAAAACACAAGAUGGCUCAGAGGUUGAAUCGGAACGACUGACCAGACGGUCCCCAUGGAAUGUGGCAGGGAAGAGCACAGCGCGUCCCCCACUCAAACGUUUUAGUAGCUCUGUGCCCUGGGUCGACACUGAAGAGCCCUCGCUUGUGAUGAAGGGGACGGCCUGCAACAACACAGACUGCCAGUCCGAGGACGAGCAGAAGGAGGAGACAGUGGUGGAGAGGAGGUCCAGUCUCAGUGAGCUGGGCAGCAAACUCACCUCACUCAUUCUGCCCCUUAAGACGUUAGUCCAACUAAAUGCCCACCACUACCGUACGGUAGCACUACUGUCUGCCAACAAACCAAGAGUCUGACACAUGGUGAAAGAGUUGAUCAUUUAGCUGUACUGAGGUUCCAGUAAUUGUAACCUGAACGUCUUGUGAUAUCAGAGUUCAUAAGUGGCAUAUUAAUGUUUUUAUUUUAGAAUGGAAUAACCGCUUCAUUGCCAUUCAGAACAUUCACCAGUUAUUGCAUAUCAUAACAAAAUUUCGGUAUGUCUAUACACCAAAAACCUCCAUCUCCAACGUUGAGGUUAAAAGUCAUCAAUAGUCAUCUAACAUUUUGGCAUUAAUAAUGAUCUCAAUUUUAAGACACCAUCCCCAUUUUUACUAUUUGGUCAACACUGCCCUGCUGCUGUGUAUAAUGAUAACAGAGGCCUGGGUCAAAGUAUCCUUAAUACCAGAAAUGUAAUGUGUCUUUAACAUCUGAUGUUCACAUCCUUUUGUUUCAAAACUUUGAGGACGUUGUGGGACCUCCUAAAUGAUGAAACUCUUUCAUGAUGUAGAUCUCUGCUGGACUAGCUUCUAUGCUCAAGGGGCUCAGAGGCUUUUGUUUGAAAUUCAUCAUUUCCUUCAGCUGGAGACUUUGUGUGUUUUUUGUUUGUUUUGGUUGUGUUCUUUUUAAUGCAUGCUUUUUUUUUUUUAUGUGUUAUGUUAUGACUUGUUUCUGCAUUUUUGAUUCAACGUGAUAACCAGUUCGAGUUCUCCAGGCUUGCUUUUGUCACCUACUAACAUGCUCAGCCACCUUUUUCAGUUUUAUGUGCAAACCUUGGCCUGUUCCUUUGUUUUCGUGAAGUGACAGAUCAUGCAAACUAUGCAGAUCAUGUGUUGUUCUGAACUGUCCUUUCCUCUUUUCCUCCCUUUACAUCUCUCAGGAAUCAGGAUGAGCUCUUUGUAAUGCUGUAAGUGUGUUGGGAGAAAAUACAAAAUGGGAAGUGAUUGUGGAUUCUGACUUUGUCCAAGGGGGGGAAAAACACACUACUAAUGCAUGCAAAAGGCCUGUGUUUAUCUGAAGGGAGUGCCAAUCAAAGGCCACUUAUAACCUUACAUUGACUCUCAUUGAUGCCAAAGUAAAUUUAAGCAGCACUCCUGCUGUUGACAGAUCUCAGGCCAAAAUUAUCUGUUGCCUUUGCCUGAUAAGCUAAUGCUGAAAUCCAGCUCAGUGCCAACUGCUAUUAACAACUGCUGACAUCUUUCUAUGCUAACAGUGAUGUGUAUGGUUGUGCUUUGAUGCAGUUAUAAGAUGGGUGGUUAAAUGCACUUAACUGCAUUUAAAUUGUAAUUUUAGCCAAGUCACAGCUAAUUUACUGCCUGCUGUAAUUAAGUUGCCACAAAUGACCAACAGAUUUUACUGUGUUCAUGACAGUGUCCUGAAAUAAGCUAACUACGUCACAAGUAUUUUUGGUAACUUAAAGCGAAAGACUUAUCUUUUUAACAUUUUAUCUUUUUUAUUUUUCUCAGUACCCAUGUCUUACCCAGUUCGUGUCAUAACGUGAUUUCUUUUCCUUUAGGCCUAGCCCUUCAUCCAGCCCUACAUCUACAGAACCAGGAAUGGCCCAGUCUCUGUCCCAUAGUUUAACCAGUUCCCGGACGGCAGCAGCAGUAGCCAGAGGUGGCAGGGGUC